CAUUUGAAGUGUUGGCUAAUAGCCACUAUAAAUUAAAUUAAAUGAAUGAAAAUGCGAACCCAGGAAGAAACAUCAAAAUCCAUGGCUUCUCUUUGGCUACUUUCUCUUCUUUUACUCUUCCCUCUAUUCUUUUUCUCUUUGAGAAAGAAACUACAAGCUAAGACACAUACCAAGAAUCAUCUCCCAGGCCCUCCUAGCCUUCCAAUUAUAGGCAACUUUCACCAACUUGGAGUACUGCCUCAUCAAUCUUUAUGGCAAUACUCUAAAAGAUAUGGUCCUGUCAUGCUUGUAAAACUUGGUCGUGUUCCUACUGUUAUUAUUUCUUCUUCAGAAGCAGCAAAAGAACUCCUGAAAACUCAUGAUCUCAGCAGUUGUAGCAGACCGCUUUUAACUAGUACUGGAAAGCUCUCUUACAACUAUCUUGAUAUAGCCUUUACACCUUAUGGUGAUUACUGGAGAAAUAUGAGAAAGCUUUGUGUUCUUGAACUCUUUAGUACUAAAAGAGUGGAGUCUUUUCAAUUCGUUAGAGAAGAAGAGGUGUCUUUGCUAAUUGAUUCCAUUUCAAAAUCUUCUUGUUCUCCUGUAGAUCUCAGUGAAAAGGCUAUUUUUCUUACUGCUAAUAUAACAUGUAGAGUAGCUUUUGGCAAAAGUUUUCAAGAAAGAGGAUUUGGACAUGAAAGAUUUCAGGAAGUUAUUCGUGAAGCUUUCGCUUUGAUGGGGAGUUUCUAUGCAGCUGAUUUCUUUCCUUAUGUAGGUUGGUUUGUUGAUAGAAUAACAGGUCUCCAUGCAAGACUUGAAAGAAACUUUCAAGAAUUUGAUACUUUCUACCAGAAGAUCAUUGAUGAUCACAUCCAAAAAGGAACAAGAGAUAAGCCUGAACAAGAAGAAGAUAUUACUGAUAUUUUGCUUGAACUGGAGAGAUCUCACCGUGAAGAGUCUGGAGCUUUUCAAUUUUCCAAAAAUCAUAUUAAAGCUAUUCUGAUGAAUCUCUUUCUAGGUGGAGUGCACAGUACUGCGAUUACCGUAGUAUGGUCAAUGGCAGAACUAAUUAGAAAUCCAAGAGUAAUGGAGAAAGUACAAAAGGAAAUAAGAAGUUGCAUUGGAGAUAAAAGGAAAGUAUGUGAAAGUGAAAUUGAAAAGCUUGAAUAUUUAAAGAUGGUAUUGAAAGAAACUUUGAGAUUACACCCACCAGGCCCCCUAGUAAUUCCAAGAGAAACUAUGGCACAAUUCUCUAUCAAUGGCUAUGAUAUUUAUCCCAAAACUCAAAUUCAAAUUAAUGUGUGGGCGUUAGGAAGAGAUCCAAAGAUAUGGAAAAAUCCCGAAGAAUUUUAUCCUGAGAGAUUCAUAGACAGUCUUAUUGAUUAUAAAGGAAUGGAUUAUGAAUUGUUACCAUUUGGUGGUGGAAGGAGGGGUUGUCCUGGCAUCGCUAUGGGAAUAGCUAAUGUAGAACUUGCACUUGCAAAUCUUCUGUUUUGUUUUGAUUGGAAAUUGCCUUAUAACAUGAAGAUGGAAGAUAUCAACAUGGAAGAAGCACCUGGCCUUGCUAUUCAUAUGAAAGAACCUUUGUUGCUUAUACCAAUUGCAUAUCAACCUGUAUCAAGAGAUUAAUUAUACACUAGCUAAUUAGUUUUUGCUAUGUACACUAAUAAUGUAGAUGAAAUGUACCAAUAUAUGAUUUACCUUAUUUGUGAAAAUGUUGCUACUAAA